AUGUGGGUUAACACUCUACGAUGUCCUGAAGGGAUUGAAAAGGUAUUUCCUGGUCCGUUUGCCUGCUAUAAUCGUCUUUUUGAUCCUGGAAGUCAACUUGAUUCGUAUGCCCUCAUAGAGGAGACAUUGCACACAUAUGGGCCUUUCGAUGGCGCUUUCGGCUUUAGCCAGGGGGCAGCUCUUAUCGUCUCGUAUCUGCUAGAGCGAAGAGCGGCGUACCCAGACGAGUCUCUCCCCUUCCGAUUCCUAAUUCUUUGCUCGCCCGUCGUCCCUCUUGCGGGUAAUGCGGAGUACUGUCAUCGUAUAUUGGGCUGUCUCAGUCGAGAUAAUGAGUCACGCAUUCGCUCCUGCCAGGACACGCAGAUUUCGGAUCUUCCAGAGCGAGCCAGAAUAGCCAUGACCAUGUUAACGGACAUCCUCGACGCCAGCACGACAAUCACCCAGGAACCACGAAGAUUCUACCUGGACCGGGAACUGCCAGAUGUUCCGUGCGCUCUACACCCAGACUUGUGCUUGACCCGCUUGCCUGUUGCGACGCUCCACGUGCGCGGAACUACUGACGCCAAGGCCCUGUGGAAUUGCGGGUUUUUGAUCCAAUCCUUUUUUGACUCGCCAAAACUGCGGGUAUUCGAACAUAAGUCCGGACAUGAUAUUCCGCGAUCAGGACCGGAGGUGCGCCAGAUGUUGUGUGCUAUGGAGUGGAUCAUUGCGCAAAGCGAGUUACCUUAG